AUGGCUGCUCGCACCGCUGGACAGUUCCACUACUUCUGGUACAACGUCGGGGCGGCCGCUCUCCUCCACGAGAGACUCACUCUGCUGCCUGUGUACAUCCUUACCCCUGACGAUGAGGUAUAUGCUGAGAGCGACGCGGCAGGUGGUGACUUGAGAGCUGUGCAUGACUCGGCGGGCCAGGGCGUCGCGAUUGCAGGCGUCGCCGCCAACAAGCUCGACAAGUUCUGGCGGCUGCCGUCGGCAGCCGUCGCCUGGGCUGCUGCGCGGAGCUGCGUCGCCCAGGGCCAUGGGCCUCUGGCGCCUUCGCCCUUCAUCCUCGAGCUCAGCGCCGACAACGUGUUGGGCGUCUCGAAGGGGGUCCCGGCCGUGUUCGACCCGCUCGGAGCGGCCUCCGCCGCCGCAGCGCCUGGCGCCCCGGCCUUGGCUGGCGCGGCCGCGCCCCCCGCGGGCGCCCCUGGGCCGCCUGCCGCGUCUGCCGCUACGCCUGUGAGCGGGCUGGGCGCGCUGGCCGCGGCGCUCGGUGCGGGGGGGGCCGCCCUGCCUGCCGCCGCUGGCCCUCCGGGCGUCGGCGCCGCCGCCGCGGCCCCCGCGACCCCAGGUGCCGCGGGGUCUGAUCCCCGCGUGCUGGCCACCGACCUCGACGCGCGGGGGGUGCGGGACAUGCUUGUCAGGGACGCUGUCAAGCGCCAGACCGAGACCCCCCGCGCCGGCUGGCCCGUGAAGGGCCUGACGACCACGAUGUGGGUGCUCCACUUCAUGCUCCCCAUGGCGGACGGGGCGACGUCGUGGCUCAACCGCUGGGUGGCCAUGAAGCAGGCCUCAGAGACGGACGACGCCGACAGGCUGUGCGAGACGCUGUGCCGUGUCGUCGAGACCUUGCGCUGCCGCGACCAGCUGAUCAUCUGCGGGCUGUCUGCCUACGAGUUCCUAUCGCGGCAGCUGCUGAUGGUGGAGGGGCGCUUCUUUGAGGAGCGGGCGCGCAGGACUCACCCUGGGCCCAAGCCCAAGGGCCAGGCCAAGGACGGCGCCGCGGCCGCGGCCGCCGACGUUUCCUCCGAGAUUGGCCACUUCCUCGGCACUGGAGAGACGGGGGGCCUCGCGACGCGCCACCUGCUCGUGAGCCUGGCCAGCUUGGCCCCGAGCCCGUCGAGGCUCCACCUGGCCUGGAGUUGCCCACGCGAGGUGACCAUCGCCAGCGAGACGUUUUUCCGCUUCCUCUUCUUCCAGUGGAUGGGCGUCGCCAUCUUCCGCUUGGUCGCGGGGCUCGUCUGCGCGCCGCCAAAGGCAGCCGCCGUGGACUACAUCGCGGGGCUGCACCGCGACUUCGAGCUGCCCGCCGCCUACUCGGAGAGAGGCCGCGAUUGCGAAGCAUCCCUCGUGGAGAUGCUCGCGCAGGCACCUGGCUACGCUGGUGACAGCGGUCGAGUGCGCCCCUACAGCAUGCCGCUUGUGGCCUGGCCCGAGUCGACGAAGGCAGUCUCCGCCUGCGGCGUCGUCUCCGAGGCCGACUCCAUCGUGCUGCAGGAUUGGAGGCAGAGUAUGCUGAAUCCCGAGUCGGUGGCGGCGGAGCUGCGUGAUUCGCUGGGGGUUACCAGCCCUUAUGUCGAUCCUGAGCUGCGCUUUGAGCCGAAGUCCUACGCUGAGUUUUUGAAGCAGCUGGAGGCCCACGGCAUGAUCUCCUGGCGGGUCUCCAGCGAACAGGCAUCCUUCUCUACUGGUCUCUUCUUCGCGCAGAAAUCAAACGGCAAGCUGAGGUUGGUGUUCGACACCAGGGCGACAUUCAGAGUGCUUUUUUAUCAUUUACGUCUACCAGCUGGCAUGGAGUCGCUGUUCUCUCUGCCUCCGAUAAACAACAGAUUCGUCGGCCUCAAGUCGGUCAACGGGGUUCGUCUUGGCAUUAACGACUGCGUCCAGCUUCUUGUCACGGUCGUCCCCAUGGGAUGGAGUUGGGCCCUUCACUUGUGCCAGAGUGCGCUGACGAGAGCCCUGUCGGAUGUCGGGUUCGGUCGCGACGAUAUGAUUCUGGAUGGGGGCUGCCCGCGGCCCUUGGUCGCUGAGAAGGACGCGUUGUGUGCAGGAUACGUUGACAACUUCUGUGUCGUAUCCAAGUGUGCCGAGACAGCCGCGUCCCUGGCGCGUGCCGUUGCUGACCUUCUCACGGCCCGCGGGCUGCCUGUCUUGGAAUUCUCCCCUGCGGUCAGUAAGGGGGUAUUCACGGGCUUGGAGAUCGACGGAGCUUCUGGGAUCAUUCGUGUUCGUCCUGACCGCCUCGCUCGCACUCGUCAAGCCGUUCUCGGGCUCUUGAAGCGUGGGCGGGCCUCUGCUGGGGCCCUCAGCGUGCUCGUAGGCCACUGUACUUGGGGGAUGAUCCUGAGGCGCGACGUUCUGAGCAUCUUUAACGCGGUCUAUCGGUUCAUGGGGGCUGUGGGACCCCAUCCUGGACCCCUGUGGCCCUCGGUCGUCAGGGAGUUGUCGGCUGCCGUGGCCCUCAUCCCGCUCUGGAGUGCCUCUACGAGGUCCCGCUGGUAUUCGCGGGUCCAUGCUUCUGAUGCGUCGCCGUACGGGAAGGGCGUCUGUGUCAAGGAAGUCUCCCCCGCGCUGUCGUCCGAGGUCGGCCGAGUCGCCGAGCGCUGGAGAUAUCGUCAUGGGGAUGCCGUGCUUGCCAGAUCACGUGCCCUUGACGUCGACGGUCGUGACGAUGCUGCCGACAGUUGCCGUGCCGACACAUCGUAUACUGCCUCUACUGCUUCGUCGUCUGGGCCCAGUGGGUUCCUCGAGGUCCCUGAGUCCAUCUACGGGGCCGAGGGUUGGAAUACCAUGCACUCUAGCCGUCAUACCCGCCGUGGCUGCGAUAUCCUUCAGUACGAGGCGGAGGCCCUGGGGUUCAGCGUCCAUCAUGCCUCGAGGGCCCUGGGUGCUCAUCAUCAUCGCGUCGUCUGUAUCGUGGACAAUUUGGCUCUAGCUCUGUCGCUCGGCAAGGGGCGGUCUGGGAGCCGACAUCUUCUCCGCGCCCUGCGGCGGAUCGCUGGCGUGGCCCUCGCCUGCGGCCUGCGCCUGCUCGUGCGGUGGGUGCCGUCAGAGAGGAAUGUCGCGGACAAGCCGUCGAGGGUGAUCAAGGCGGCGAGGGCCAGGCGGGAACAUCCUGGUCCGCUGACGCUUCUGCGGGGCGGACUGUCGGUGCUGGAGGCCAACGCGGUCUCGGAGUCGACGGGCAAGAACUACCACGCCUCCGCCCUCAGGUUUCUGAACUGGUGCCUCUGGACCGCCAGGGACUUCAAGAACAGCGUCGAGCUCGACACGAUCCUCGUGGUGUUCUUCGUCCACCUCUUCCUCGACGGGUACGACAGUGCGACGGGCCGCGUCACGGUGGCCCCUCUGAAGCACAGCACCAUCUGCCGUCGAUGCUGA